ACAUGCCGCCACGACUCAAUCUUCUCUCGCGGGCAUCGCUAUGCCGACCCUCAGCGCCUCACUCGAGUGUAGCUUCGCUGCUGCAGCCCUUCCUCCGUAGCGCACAGCAACCCCAGCAACAAAGAAACGCCUCGAUUCUUUCAUCGCUCUCGGACAACUCAGGCGCUUACAACAAGAAGAUCAGAAGAGGAAGAGGUCCUUCAUCGGGCAAGGGCAAGACAUCAGGACGUGGUCACAAGGGUCAGAAGGCUCACGGAAAGGUCCCGCGCAACUUCAAUGGUGGUCAAACGCCUGAAGAGGUUGUCCACGGUGUUAGAGGUUUCGAGAACCAGCACUCUAUCGAAAUGACACCGCUCAACAUCAACCGCCUCCAAGCAUGGAUUGACGCAGGUCGUCUCAACCCAAACAAACCCAUCACCCUCAGAGAACUAGCGAAGUCGCGCUGCGUUCACGGUAUCAAGGAUGGCAUCAAGUUGCUCGCCCGUAGCUCCGAGAAGCUCACCACCCCCGUCGAAAUCGUGGUCAGCCGCGCCAGUGCUUCAGCCAUCCAGGCCAUCGAGUCCGCUGGCGGCAAGGUCAUCACCCGCUACUAUACCAAGCCUUCCAUCUCUCGCGUCCUGAAGGGCGAGACAGACCCCGUCUACAGCAUCCAGAGCGCUCCUUCUCCCACACCUCGUCCCGAGUUCAAGUACAGACUGCCCGACCCGGCCAGCAGAAAGGACAUUGAAUACUACAGAGACCCUGCACACAGAGGUUACCUGAGCCAUAUGCUGCAAGAAGGCCAGGGCCCCAGUUUGUUCUUCAAGACUCCUGGUCAGGGCCGCGUCGACCACAAGAAGGUCACUUCGAAGGGUGCCAAAUCUGCCAUCAAGGGCGAGAACAGGGUCUGG